GAGCGGAAAGGGAACUUCGGCGGAGUUGGUAAAGAGAGAGAGAGAGAACGAAAAACAGAAGUAUAAUUGUGAGAACAGAACUGUAGAAUUUUGAAAGCGACUUUUGGCCGCAAAGAGGAGGAGACGAGGUUCCAAAGCUCUCUCCCUAAUGAUCUCUCUCUCUUUAUCUUUCAAUUUCGUUCACUAACGGAUUCGGACCAUCGGAAUUUGUGAAUUUAACCAUGUCUUGGUUUUUCAAGUCUUUCCAAGCGACCGAUGAUGAUAUCUCUACGCAAUCGCAGUUUAACGGUUCGUCGUCGUCAUCGGAAUGCGUUCGUUUCACCACUGCUGAUGAUCCUUCUUUUGAAGACGAUUUCUCCGCCCUCGGUGAGACGCUGAGCCGUCAGCUACGCGGCUUCGCUAACUUUCUCGCUCCACAACCGUCGUCGACGCCGACGCCGACGCCGACGGUCGUUUCUCCCGCUGAUUCUUCCUAUUUGAGUUCGAAUUCUUCAUCGCCGUCUCAAACGCUUCAGGGAAUUCGCAAUGAUCUCGCAGAGAUUGGCGGUGGCUUGAGGAACGGCUUCUCGAUGCUCUCUGUUAAUGGCAAUAAGGCUGUUGGACAGAUUUCCAGGUUUGCCUCUAACUUGCUGCCGUUUCGGAAACGUUCUGCCGAUUAUGAAGAAGACGACGAAUUGGAAGACGAGGCUAUUGAUGAUACACCGGGAAUCACGAAUGAGGUUCUAAAUUUUGUGAACGAUAUUUCUUCGCGGCCGGAGUACUGGAAGGAUUUUCCUUUGGCGCUUGAUGAAGCAGAUUUUAAAAUGUCUGAUGUUCAAAGAAUGCACAUUUCAACUGUUGAGCAAUUGGUUCCAAGUAUAACAGCUCUUAAAAUAAAGCUUCAGAGUUUCAUGAGCAAUGGAAUAUUCUGGAUGAUUUAUUUUAUACUCUUGCUUCCAAGAUUCGACCCACCUGAUUUUGAGCUUCUCGCAACAUCUGAAAUUGUCGAAGCAAGAAACAUACUUCUGGAUAAAUUCCAAAGGAAAGAGAAACAACAAGUGAAUUCUGAGGACAGUUGUGAUAACAAUUUGGUUUGUGGCACCCAACAAAAGGAGGAAAAUAUGGUAUCCGAGGAAAAGCCGAAUUCCGCUCAAACCGUUGAAGGAUUGGAAACAGAGGAUGGAGUGGGAGGGAAUACCAAUCAACAAUUGGCAAAGGCAGAUUCAGAAAUUUAUAAAGCUGCCAAAGAAAGGGUUAUUAGGGUUGAAGAUGUCUCAUUCAGUGAUAUAGAAGAAGAGGAUGGUGAGAGAAGCCACUCACGAAGAAUUUCUUCAUCGACCGAAUCUAGUGAUUGGGUUCAGCUGCAUGAAAGUCAAGACUCAAAAGAAGGUGGGGAUUCAAGUGAUUGGUUUGAUGUGGAUGAAUUUGAUUAAAAGAUGGACAUGAUCAAUAGGAGAUCUUCAUAUUUCCCCGAACUUGCUUUUCUUUGCGGUAGAGUGCCACAAGGCUUUUGAUAGUUUAGGUCUUUAUUUAUUUUUUUAUUUGACUUCUUUCAUAGGAUAAAUUUUGUGCAUACAUUUUCUUUCUUCACAAGGUAUUUAGGUUUUAGUUGAAUUUAAUGCAUUGUUAUUAUUCAUUCUGUCAA